AAUAUUUAAGAGUAUGUAUCAGAAAUCAAUUAGAUCUUCAUCCCAGCAACAAGACACAGCAUCACUUCCAGUUCCAUAAAAAAUCGCACAGAAUUUAAUGUUCAAAUCCAGUGGAUGGAGAGAGUCUCCUAAGAGGAGCAGUCAGAAGAAGGUUUCAUCCAAGCCCCCUCCAGUCAACAUGGCUACUCCAGUUAACAUCGGUUUUGAUGUCUUGAAUCAGCAGUCAAAAAUGGAGUUUAGCAUGCAAAAACCAGGGUCAUCAGAAGGUAUAGCAGGACCAUCAUUUGUGUUGAACCAGCAACAGCCAUAUGGAGGAACAGGCAUCAAAAUGCUACCAGAAGCUCCAUCAAAACCCUUUUUUGUCUUCAAUCAACAACAACUAAGAAUGCCAUUAGAAUUGGGACAACCUUUUUCCUCACAAAAUUUGGGCACUGCACAGAAAGCUGAGAACCCUGGGUUGCCCCCAGUAUUCCAUGUGACUCGUAUGCAAAAUCAUGAACAAUCAAAAAAGAAAAUAGAAACCAAUUUAUACAGCCAAUACGAAGAAAAAAUUCGUCCUUGUAUUGACUUCAUUGAUUCUCUAAGAGCCCUUGGAGUGGAAAAGGACCUGGCAUUGCCAGCUAUUGCUGUGAUUGGAGAUCAGAGCUCUGGAAAAAGUUCCGUUCUAGAAGCAUUGUCCGGAGUUGCUCUUCCUAGAGGCAGUGGUAUUGUCACCAGAUGUCCUCUUGCUCUCAUACUGAAAAAAACUCGCUGUGACCAUGAAUGGAAAGGAAAAAUUAGUUACCGAGAUAUAACUAUGGAACUCAAAGUUCCUUCAGAGGUUGAAAAAGAAAUAAGAAAAGCUCAAAUCUCUAUUGCUGGUGAAGGGGUGGGUAUUAGCCAUGAACUGAUUACCCUAGAAAUUAGCUCUCCAGAAGUUCCAGACCUGACACUGAUUGAUUUACCAGGGAUUGCAAGAGUGGCUGUAGGUAAUCAGCCCCAAGAUAUUGGACAUCAGAUCAAACAGCUAAUUAAAAAAUUCAUUGCUAAGAAUGAGACAAUAAACUUGGUGGUGGUUCCAAGUAAUGUAGAUAUUGCCACAACAGAAGCGCUGAAAAUGGCUCAGGAAGUGGACCCUGAUGGAGAAAGAACACUUGGGAUUCUGGCAAAACCCGGCCAGGCUGGAAGGAACUUCGAGGAAGCAUUAUUGGAUAUAGUGAGAAAUUUGAUCAUCCACCUGAAAAAGGGAUAUAUGAUUGUGAAAUGCCGUGGACAGCAAGAUAUCCAGUUCAACGUGGACUUGGCCUCUGCAAUUCAGAAAGAGAGAGAAUUCUUUAAGGAUCACAAACAUUUUAGAAUACUUUUGGAUGAAAAAAGAGCCACAAUUCCCUUACUGGCUGAGAAACUUACAAGUGAACUUGUGGAGCACAUUAAUAAAUCUUUACCCACUUUAGAAGAGCAAAUAAACACACAGCUCCAAAAAGCAAAUCAUGAUUUGCUGAAAUGUGGAAAAGAUACGCCGAGCACCGAAAGUGAAAAACUCAAUUUUUUAAUAAAUAAAAUCAAGCUAUUCAAUCAAGAUAUCACAAAUUCAACACAAGGGGAAGAAGCAUUGUCUGAAAAUGAUACCAGACUGUUCACCAAAAUUCGUAAAGAAUUUCAGGAAUGGGGGAAAAAACUUCAUGAGAGUGCAAGAAAGACACAAAAAGGCUUCUUUGAUGAGAUAUGGAGAUUUGAACAGCAGUAUCGUGGGCGAGAACUUCCUGGAUUUAUCAGUUACAAAACAUUUGAGACUAUCAUCAAGCAGCAGAUCAUAGAACUAGAAGCACCAGCAAUUGAAAUGUUAAAGAAAGUGACAGAAAUGAUACGACAAGAUUUUACAAAGACUGCUAAAGACCAUUUUGCAGAUUUUCGCAAUCUUUACAGAGCUGCUAAGAAUAGAAUUGAAGAUAUUAAAGAGCAACAAUUAAAGGAAGCUGAAUGUACAGCGCGAACCCAGUUUGCAAUGGAACAGUUUUUAUACUGCCAGGACCACAUCUACAGUCAAGACUUAAAUUCAGUACGGGAACAAACAGCUGAAGAAGAAAAAAACCCUUUAAAGAUCAGUCCUCUGAGCUUCAAUUUUCAAAACCCUGAAAAGUUUGCUUCAGUCAAAGAAAUGGCUUAUCAUUUGGAAGCAUAUUUCAAUAGUGCCGGGAAACGUCUCUCCUGUCAGAUUCCUCUAAUUAUCCUGUUCUACAUGCUGAAGAAAAAUGGAGAUAAUCUACAAAAUGAAAUGCUGAAGCUAUUGCAGACAAAAGAAGAAAUUGGCCAUUUGCUCCAGGAGCGUAAAGAUGUCGCUGAACAGAGGCAACUCCUGCAUGAUCGAAUUGAUCGGCUGACUCAAGCGCAGUACAACCUAGCAAAAUUUUCUGGUUAAAAUAGAAGGUAUAUUACAGGAUACCAUUUCUGAAAAGCUAUGUUAACUAGACCUUGUCUAAAAAGUUCAUUUUUUUAAUUCCAUGCUAGUCUUUGACUGUAAAUAUACUGAGUCCUUUCCCGGCUCCAGACAGAAUCCCCAGAUACUAUCCCAAGCUCCCUUGCACUGCCACUACUGCUGCACCCUCCUACAGUGCAAGAAGGAGAAGGCUCCUAGGGCAAAGCAAAUGUAUGUUUUCCCUUGCCCCUCCCCCUUUGCUUGUUUUACUACAUUUCCCAACUUUGUUUCAUCUCAAGAAGUAACUAAAAGGGCUUUUUUUACACCUGAGACAGUACUACCCUGUUUCCCCUAAUAUAAGACAUCCCCGAAAAAUAAGA